CCAAGGCCAAACCACACAUGCAGUUGUAGUAGCACUUAAGCCUUCCUCUCUAGCUAGCAUCUCUUGUGUCAGGAAGUUGGAAGGGAUUUCUGGCUAGUUUCUAGCUGGUGUCUCCUCUCCUCUUCCUAACCUUCUCACUGAUUAACACCUUAGAGUUAGUUAAUAACCUUCAUCACCAGUAGCAAUGGCAGGAGGUUUCUUGUCCAUGGCUAACCCGGCGGUCACCCUCUCCGGUGUUGCAGGAAACAUCAUCUCCUUCCUGGUGUUCCUUGCACCAGUGGCGACGUUCUUGCAGGUGUACAAGAAGAAGUCGACGGGAGGGUACAGCUCGGUGCCGUACGUGGUGGCGCUCUUCAGCUCGGUGCUGUGGAUCUUCUACGCGCUGGUGAAGACCAACUCGAGGCCGCUGCUGACCAUCAACGCCUUCGGCUGCGGCGUCGAGGCCGCCUACAUCGUCCUCUACCUCGUCUACGCGCCGCGCCGCGCCAGGCUCCGCACCCUCGCCUUCUUCCUCCUCCUCGACGUCGCCGCCUUCGCCCUCAUCGUCGUCACCACCCUCUACCUCGUCCCCAAGCCCCACCAGGUCAAGUUCCUCGGCAGCGUCUGCCUCGCCUUCUCCAUGGCCGUCUUCGUCGCCCCUCUCUCCAUCAUCUUCAAGGUGAUCAAGACCAAGAGCGUCGAGUUCAUGCCGAUCGGGCUCUCCGUCUGCCUCACGCUCAGCGCCGUCGCGUGGUUCUGCUACGGCCUCUUCACCAAGGACCCCUACGUCAUGUACCCGAACGUGGGCGGCUUCUUCUUCAGCUGCGUGCAGAUGGGGCUCUACUUCUGGUACCGGAAGCCGAGGAACACGGCCGUGCUGCCGACGACGUCCGACUCCAUGUCCCCGAUCUCCGCCGCCGCCGCCGCCACGCAGAGGGUGAUCGAGCUCCCCGCCGGCACGCACGCCUUCACCAUCCUGUCCGUGAGCCCCAUCCCGAUCCUCGGCGUGCACAAGGUCGAGGUGGUGGCCGCCGAGCAGGCGGCCGACGGCGUCGCCGCCGCCGCCGCCGCCGACAAGGAGCUGCUGCAGAACAAGCCGGAGGUGAUCGAGAUCACCGCCGCCGUGUGACGACGACUGAUCUCGACGACGACAGAUUCUCGCUACUGAUGAAGAAGACGACGACGAUGGCCGGAUCGAUGACGGACAGAAUUUAGCAGUGUGGAUUACUACCGAACUUUAAUUAGUUGGUUAAUUAUUGGAUUACAAUGUGGUAAGAGUGUGUCAUUAGCAGCUAGUUAACUUACUUAAAUUAAUUAUCUUGUUCAGUCAGUCAGUCAGUCAGUCAGUCAGUCAGCUUUGAGUGAGUGAGUGAGUGAUCUCGACGUAGUUUGCUGGUUGGUGUAAUAAGAAAAAGGCGAUCUACUAGUAGUCUACUAGCUAGUACGCAUGCAUGUGUGUGUGCUCUACUUACCGUGUUGCAAUCUCAUCUCUUUGUACUUACAACUCAGAAAUCAAUGGAAGAUUGUGACAGGUAUUAUUAGUAGUUA